CUCUCUCUCUCUCUCUCUCAGAUGAAAAAACAACAUGAUAGUCGUCAUUAAUCAGAGAGGAUAGACAUGGUUCUUGAUGGAUUCCGGGCAAUGCCCCCCAUCUGGCUGUCACAUUAGUGAGCACAAACUUGAAUCUGCAGCUUAAAAUUUACAGCAAGCUUGUGUGUGAUAUCGUCACGUUAAUCUAGAUCAAGUUUUAGCACUAAGAGAUACUCGCUUCGUUAAGUUAUAUUUUUCCUCGGCCGUUUGUUAAAUCAUUUGCCACCUAUUAUUAAGGAGUCUUCUGCUAUGUAAAUUUAAAUAAUUUCGAUCAUAUUAAUCAAUACGACUAGUUUUAAUUAGUUUUAAUAGUCAGUUACUUAGAUAGAAAGUCACUUAAAAUAUGAUAUGCCACCAAUAUAUUGUAGGUGUAAAAGAUGCGUCUUAUUACCGAACAUGAUCGUUAACCUGUAAGUCGAUAUGUAGGUAUUUGACUUAAGCAUCAGAGACAUCACAGGCACAAGCCAGUGCCACCAACAUAGCGACUUCUAGGCUAACGAUCACGUUCAGUAGUAGCACACGUUCUUAUAGUGAGAUUAAUAAAGUUUAGUAGAGAGAAUAUUAUAUCUCCUCACAUUUGUGAAUUUUCUACCAUUCAUAGGAUUAUCUUUGCUGACCAAAAUGGAUUAAAUAAUUUGUUCUGAAUUAAUGCUACUGUUUGGAUAUGAGCCAAAGCUGUCAGCUGAUACGUAAUCGAGUAGGAGGAUUGCAGAGUCGACAGGUUAAAUUGUAGAGUCUUAUUGUAUGUUAGUGGAAUAAUACUUUCCACAAUGAAUAGGGGUAAUGAUAUUUGAAAGUAGCCAUGAUUUUUGGAGGUAUUCAACGUUUUGGGCUAACAUAAAGCAACACCAUUAACCACUGCAAUAUGUUCCAUAUAAGUCUGUUCUGGGGAGGAGUACUCAGUCGGCUUUGAAACUUUCGGAGUAAAUCGAAAGUAACCUUAAUGAUGAAAGGUGAAACAACAUCAUUUGUUAUCUCAUCAUGAACCUUUGGAAUUGCAAGGUUGUUACUAUUUGAUUUUUACGCUUUUUUUUUUCCAACAAUUUUUUACUUAUAAAUGAUAACUUCCACUGUCUUCUUGUGUCCAAUUUUGGAGGUUUGGGGACCCUACCAAUUUCUUAGAUCAAAGAGCUAACAAUUUUCAAAGUUUCUUUGUUAUAAAUCUAUGUAUCAUCUUUAUCUUGCUUAAUGCCAUCUGACCCACAAGCACAAUGACUGCCUUUUGAAUGGACCACAGCCUAAAACCCUUAGCCAUUUGUCUAUGGUACCCUAAAAACACUGAACUUUAUGGGCACAACCCUUAUAUAUACACACGGACUCCAAGUGGUGAAUGUUAACACAAAAAUGCAUGUUGUCCCAAAGUCAAAGUUAGCCAGGAAUUUUGAGGCCCUCAGAGGAAAAAUGCUGGGAUUCAGCAUUUUGCCUCUUGGUGGGUGCUUUGAUGGGUGUCGUGACCACACUCAGGGCUCAGGAUUUGGCACAAGGAUCUGGAAUCUAAGCGACAGGCCUGUGGAGCUGCAAAUAAGGGUGGGAUCAAUAUUGAAAAAGAUUCAUGCUUUAAAUCCAGGAUGUUCAAAGAGACUGAAAUGCAAGAGCAUAUACAAGGCUUACAUGCCUGGCAAGAGUGGCACUGUGGGUGGAGGAAUGAAGAGCUUGCUGUAUUACUAUGAUGAAACUUGCCAUCCUUAUCUUUGGAUACAGGACACUGGGGGUGAUUCCUUGAGAAUGGUCAAGCAACAGUAUAUUAGUCUUGAAGACCUGAGAGAUUAUGCUGAAAUCAGAAUCUUUAGAGACCAUCAGAGAGGCUGCAUUUCGGUUCGAAAGAAACCUAGGUCGGAUUUUUGCUAAAUAUUCUGUUACACUAAUCUUGAGCUUGAGUAUUAUGUGUUGUUAAUGACAGCAAAGAUUGUUUUUUCUUCCUUCUUUGUUGUGCUUUUGUUUUUUUUCUUUUUCUGGCUUUUUUUUUCCUUUUUUUUCAAGUUAUGUUUCUAUUUCUUUGGAUCUAAUUUAUUUUGCUUCUUGAAUAUGGAUGUAUUUGAAGAAUUCAGAUGCUACAGAUAUAUAUUCUACUGUAUCUACCAAAGUAAUCCUUAGAAUGAUAUGGUGCAGCUGCUGGAUCUGGUUUCUUACCAGUUCAGUUUAAUUAUAAAUUAAUAAAAAGUUAACAAUGUUGUCUUA